GCACGUGGAAAGAGCAGCAUUGAACUGCAGCGCCUAGCCGCAUCAAUCUCUGUGGAUGUCAUGGCACAACGCUUCCUCACUUUGGAGGCAGCAAUUGACCUUUUGUUCAGCCUUCCCGAUGACGAACGCGAAGGUGCGUCUGUAUGCCAAUUGCCGCCUCUUGAAGAUGGCAAUAUUACUGACGAGGAGCACGUGAACGAAAACGACUUUUCUGAAGUUGUUCCCGAUGAUGUUUGUGGGCACGUUGAAGUUAUGCAGUGCAGCGAUGAAGACGUUGAUUCGCCUUCUGCAUGUUCGAGUCCUGAGCCACGACGAAAGAAGCCAGCGGGGCGGCAAUUCACUAUACUGGAAAAGGACGCAAGGCUUCAACGAAGGCUCGGAAAACAAAUACUCCAGAGCGCUCCCAUACACCAGUAUGGGGUGACCGUGCCACGUUUGACAAAACACUUCCCAGCGAGAGUCCUCCGUUGUUGCUAGAGGCAUUUCCUGAGCUUGCAAACAUGAGCCCGUUUAUGCUGUUCAGCAAAUUUAUUUCUCCGGAGUAUCUUGGUUCAAUGGCUGAACUGACUGCAAGAUACGCACUCCAAAAGGGGGAGGAGGUGGACGUCACAGGAGCGGACAUAGGUCAGUUUUUCGGCCUCUUACUUUUCAGCGGAUACCACUCCGUUCCGUCUGAGGACUCGUAUUGGAGCACUGCAGAAAAUCUUUUUGUGCCUAUAGUCGCGACAGUGAUGGCCCACAAUAGGUUCCGGCAGCUGAAAAGAUUCUUCCAUAUUGUUGACAACACUCAGUUGAAAGCAGGCGAAAAGAUGGGCAAGAUUCAGCCGUUUUACGACGAAAUCUCCAAAUGUUUCCGCCAGUUUGGAGUGUUCAAUGAAAGCCUCAGCAUCGACGAGUCAAUGGUGCCCUAUUAUGGCCACCACUCGUGCAAAAUGUUCAUUCGCGGUAAACCCAUUCGAUUUGGGUACAAAAUAUGGAUGAUGUGCUCUACGAAUGGGUACCCCUAUGCAAUGGAAAUAUAUUGUGGGAGGAACGAGAAGGACGACAAGACACCUCUCGGGAUCAGGGCUGUCAGCAAUAUGGUAUCGGUCCUGGAAGCGCCUGAACAGCACGAAGUCUACUUUGACAACUUCUUCACUUCGCACGGCCUCUUGACGAAACUGGCUGACCAGGGGAUUCGAGCGACAGGGACUGUGCGAGAUACAAGAACCGGUGGUUGUCCACUGAAGAGCUUGAAAAGCAUCGGAAAGGAAGAAAGAGGAUCUUUCCACUACAAGUGUGACGGGGCGGUCUACGCAUGCAGGUGGAACGACAAUGCAGUCGUCACAGUUUCUUCUAACCACCUCAACCACGAGCCUGUUGGAAGUGCGAAACGCUUCUCACGACGCUCGAAGAAAAACGUGGACAUUCCUCAGCCAUAUUUGAUCAAAAAAUACAAUGAGGGCAUGGGAGGAGUAGAUGUGAUGGACCGCCUCCUGGGAAGCUAUCGGCCGAGACUGAGGAGCCAAAAAUGGUGGUGGAACCUUUUCAGCAAUGGUUUGAACAUGGCUGUCGUCGCAGGAUGGCUCCUCCACUGCGAGCUUCACAGGGGUAGUGAUGCCGCCAUGACGCACAUCGCCUUUCGGCGGGACGUCACCAUGUCCUUGCUGCAGCUGAAGCCGAAACUCACUGUGAGACCUGGACCUCGGGUUCAUCCGAGACAUGAGGACAGAAAAACUGAUGGUCACUACAUGAUCUCAACGACUCAGGGAAGGUGCGCGGAAUGCAAGAAGAAUACAACGUAUCAGUGCCAGUAGUGCAAAAAGCGGCUGCACAAGAACUGCUUUGCCGCUUACCACGGUUUGUGAAUUGCUCACUGUAGUACAGCCAGUAGUACGAAAGAAGAAAUUUUCGUGAAGUGUUGUUAUAAAUAUUUAUACUUUUCAGAGACAUUGUAUGACGCUAAAUAUUAUUCUUCAGUUAUCCUGAGUAAGGAAACCCGACUGAAAAGUCAAUAAAGGUUGUUCCAGAGAAAAU